AUGGCCAUCCUAUGGCAUCAUAAGCUCGCUCUCAUCAUUUCCCUCCACACCACCCUCCUUCUCGCCCAACUCCAAUGCCCACCCUUGGGCCCCAUCCUACCCGCGCCAACGAGCCUGAUGCACAACAACAAUUCUACACUCUCCCAAGUCCUCGUGGCCAUCACCACGCAACUCCAAGCUUACAGCUCGCAACUCAACGCCACGGCAUUGUCGGUGGGCGUGCGGUCCAUCCACGAACCUGCCCCAGUGUUGAGCUUCCACCACACGCCCACGACGUUCAACACGAGCGGCACGCACAAGGUCGACGGCGACACCGUGUACGCAAUUGGCAGCGCGACCAAGCUCUUCACUGCGCUAUCGAUCCUCCAGCUCCAGGGGAAAAUCAACCUCGCGGACCCGAUCACGAAAUAUGUGCCCCGGCUCGCGCAGAUGGAUGGGAGCCACGAUGACCCGUUGACGAGGGUCGAUUGGGACACUGUUACGGUGGAUGCGCUCGCGAGCCAUUUGGGUGGUAUUGGUGCAGAUCUCACAAACAGCGUUAUCCCAUACACGCCCGGCAUCACGGAUGAGACUGGCCUCCCUCCACUGACUCCCUCCCAAAACUCGCUUUCAUGCAGCGGCGCGCCCGGCACUUCAGGGUGUAGCUGGAACGAUUUCUUCAACAACUUUGCUCGCCGGCCGCCCGUAUACGCCCCCUCGACUACCCCCGUGUACUCGAACAUCGGGUAUGCGCUGCUCGGGCGCGUCAUCGAGAACGUCACCGGAAAGACAUACGCCGCGUACCUGGAAGACGCGGUCUUUGGGCCCGCGGACCUGCGUCGCACGUCCCUCGGGGCUCCCGCCAACACGUCCCUGGGAUUCAUCCCCGCCGAGACGAAUUGGUGGGGGACACCGCUGGGGUAUGAGAAUAGCUCCGGCGGGAUAUACUCGACCAACAACGACCUCCUGUCCUUUGGCGCGGCGAUCCUCUCCUCAAAGCUCCUCGCCUCACCAGCAAAGACGCGCGCAUGGCUGAAACCCAAGACCUUCACCUCGUCGCCGGGCGUGUCGGUCGGGGCACCGUGGGAGAUUGCGCGCGGCGAGAACCUCACGGCUGACGGCCGCCUGAUCGACCUGUACACCAAGACCGGCAACCUGGGCGACUACACGGCCAUACUGGCGCUGGUGCCGGACUACGACCUCGUCGUGGCCAUCAAUCUCGCAGGUCCGGACAGCUCGAUCGCGGCGAUCCAGGUGAUUUUCUCGACGCUGGUGCAGGCGCUGGUGCCAGGUGUGGCCGAGGUCGGGCGCAGCGACGCCGAGCUCAAAUACGCAGGGACAUACACGUCGUCAUCCUCGUCUUCUGCCGGUUCCAACGCCAACACCACGAGCACCAUCACCCUCUCCGUCGACGACUACGGCCUCGUCGUCUCAGACUUUGUUGCGCGCGGUAUCGACGUCCGCAGCCCCGAUACCGGCUACGCCGCCCUCGCCGGCUCAUCUGAUAACACCACCACGACGAUCCGACUAUACCCGACAAACCUCGCGGCGGGGAACCAAACGGCCUGGCGCGCCGUGUACCAGACCAGCAGCGCGGCGGAGCUGGCGGCGUUUGACGCUGAGCUCUUCUUCCCCCGCGGUAGCUGCCAAUCGUGGACAGCCGUCGAUUUGCAGACCUACGGCUUCGAGGCGCUCGAUUACUUCGUCCUGACGGCUGACGCAGACGGCGUGGUUGUUCGCGUGGAGCCCAGGGCGUGGCGGCUCGUGAUGGAUAGGACGGCCACGUCGGGACGAUGA